AUGCGUCUUCCGCUCUCGGCCCUCGUUCUGCUUGUGUCUGCCGAAGCCAUAGGUGCAGCACCAUUUCAGCCCGCUGGCCCAAAGGAACGUGCAGCACUGCCCGAGCCCUCGGCUUCUCCGUCUCUUGUCAAGCGUUAUCAAAGCUUGGAAAACGGGCUGCAAUUCUAUUCUGCACUCGCAUACGACUACACUACAGUCCAAUCCGUUACCCUUUCCGAAGCCAACGAUGGAGAGGUGCCUCCAAUCGGCCUUGUAUAUUUAGCUAGCUUGGAUGCCGAGAGAGACAUUAUGGCUACUGCUGGAACAACUGAAGGUACAUUUGCAACGGGGUCUUUCGCGGUUGGGGGUGUGCACUUCUGGUGGACAAUCAAUACAGGCCAGUACUGGAAUGUCCUUGGUCUCCUUCAUCACGUUGGCACCGAUGUUCUCGCCACAAUGAUGGCGGAUGCAAUUCAGACCAUGGCAGUGGAGGAUAAUUCGGAGAUCUCUUGGACACUCCACAACACUGAUCCGGACGGCGACAAUGUUUAUAUGGGCAAAAUAAAAUUGGGCUGUUACUGA